UGGAAAGUAAUUUCCAGAAAUUUCUACCUGCUACCUGAAACUCAAACCGCAGUUCGAAUCACUAACGUCAUUAUAUCCACUCCAAUAAACUUGUAAGCUAAUCUUACCGUGUAUACACUUAACUUCCAUAAUUAAUGCGUUACAAAGGAAACAAAUAUUGACAAUUACUUCCAGCACGCGCUUUAGUCAUAAAACUUUUACAAACAAAAGACACACAAUCCCAUUUUAAAAUUGUGUGAGCACAAUGUUAUACACACGGUUGAUGCAGCCAUACACACAGUAUCAUAAUGGCAAUGCGCACCGUUCCAGACGGCACAGAAUAUCUUGUCUUAUCUGAAUAAAUUAUCUGUUUUCUGUGUCCGUACUGUGUUACCACACUCUUACAAUAGAUGACAAAAAAACAACUGCUCAGCCCCACAGAUCUCCUUCAUUGCAUUCGAAGUAUCACACGUUUUGAAUACGAACGGAAAUCAAUUUGAAUCACACAGACAUUUAACUCGAUCAGGGAACACCUCUAAUCAAUGUGAUGUGCAAUUAAAUUGCUAUGCAUUCUGUAAAGAACAUCUCGACUGCAUUAAAAUGUAAUUAACGGAAAGGUAAAAAAAAUAUUUUUGUGUUGCAUGCUGCUGCGGCCGGACAUGUGUAAUUAUUUUGCUGAACCAUUUUUUAUUGCAUUGUAAAACGAAAGGAAAUUGACGAUAAUUACAUUUUGGGAUGUUACAAUGUUAAUUGAUGCUGAUUAUUGAUGAGUGCUUGUCGUGGUUUUGAUUUACGUUUUGUUUUCUGUUCCAAUUUUAUUGGUACAAUUCGCGAGAUUUCAUAUUUUAAGUGAAUCAUUCGAAUUGCAGGGCAUGUGAGGACGUUCCGAUUGAAAUAAAAAGAGAGAUUGAAAAAAAGUCAUGUCUGUAUGUGCUUUACCGCCAAUCGUUCGAAUUUAUGAAGAUUUUGAUAAAAUGAGUGCCGAAGAGUUAAGUUACUGUGAAUCAAACAAAGACGCCAAUAAAAAUGACAUUGUCGUCAUUAAAAAAAUGCCAGCGGAAAAGGAAUACUGUUCGUCUAGUUGCGACGAAGACUCACCGAAAUGUAGCCGCGGAUGCAACAGCAGCACUGUUCCGAAGGACGAUGAUAAACCAAAGCGAACUCGUAAGCUCAGCGAUGGUCGCAAAAAGUCCUCGUCCAAUUUACUGUACAAAUGCAGCAAAUCGUUCGCUGAGUCUCAUCAACAAUCAAGCAAUCAAAAGAGACCUACAACAGAUGAAGUACGCUCGAGAACUGCAACAGCAUCGUCGUCAUCAUCAUCAUCACGACGACAUCUCGAUCCGCACAGAUCACCGUCGGGUGGUUUGAGGAAGCAUGUGCUAAACAGACGUUCACCGUCACCGCUGAGUGCCAGCGAUAUGAAACGAAUCAUUGGCUUCAGUCAUGGAUACGAACAAUAUCAGCGAUCGUUCUUGGAAGUGCCUCUGCCCAGAGAUUACGGAUAUGCGUCGAGUGAUGAUUUGAGUUCGGAAUGGGAUUCAGAUGUUCCCGAUUUGGAUACAUCACAAAAGCCAUCUGGUUGGAGGAAGCUGCGUAAUAUCGUACAAUGGACGCCGUUCUUUCAAACCUACAAGAAGCAACGCUAUCCGUGGGUACAGCUAGCUGGACAUCAGGGAAAUUUUAAGGCUGGUCCGGAUCCGGGAACGGUUUUGAAGAAAAUGUGUCCGAAAGAAGAGAAAUGUUUUCGAGUGUUGAUGCAAGAUGUGUUGAGGCCAUAUGUACCUGAAUAUAAAGGUCAAGUGAACAGCGAGGAUGGAGAACCCUAUCUACAGCUGCAGGAUCUAUUAAGUGAUUUCAAUCAGCCGUGUGUGAUGGACUGUAAAAUAGGUGUACGGACGUAUUUAGAGGAGGAACUAUCGAAAGCCAAAGAGAAGCCUAAGUUAAGAAAGGACAUGUACGAGAAGAUGAUUCAAAUCGACCCCCAAGCACCGAACGAAGAGGAAAACAAAGCGAAGGGUGUAACAAAGCCGCGAUACAUGGUGUGGCGGGAAACCAUAUCCAGUACGGCUACGUUAGGUUUUCGAAUUGAGGGCAUUAAAAAGGGUGACGGAAGCAGUUCAAAAGACUUUAAAACAACAAAAUCUCGUGAACAAAUCCACAGUGCAAUGAGGGACUUCACAGACGGAUUCCCAUUAUGCAUUGCAAAAUAUAUUCAACGCUUAAAAGCCAUUCGAGCAACAUUGGAAUGUUCCGAUUUCUUUACGUCGCACGAAGUCAUUGGUAGCAGUUUACUCUUUGUGCACGAUCGGAACAAUGCCAGCGUUUGGCUAAUCGAUUUUGCGAAGACGGUCAUGCUGCCGCAGGACAUAAAAAUCAGCCACAAUGGCAUCUGGAGCGUCGGCAAUCACGAGGAUGGUUAUUUGAUUGGCAUCAAUAAUUUGAUCGACAUUUUCGAGGAGCUGCAAACGAGUCAAGACACAAGUCCAGUGUCGCCCGUAGAUACGAAGCAAGUGGCGAGUGAAGAAUCAACUCAAGCGGUGAAUCGAGAAUCAGUUCCGAAUGUUGAAACAAAUCAAAUGCCGAAACAAGAAUCAGACACAGUGUUGUGUAAAGAGCCAAGUCCACUGUCAGGACAAGAAACCCGGCCAUCGUCGAACCAAGAAUCGAGUCCAUCGGCGAACCAAGAAUCGAGUCCAUUGUCGAAUCAGGAAUCGAUCCCAGUGUCAUCUGAGGAGUCCAAUCAAAGAUCGAUGGAGGAAGUAACACCAAAAUCGAGUCAAGAGUCGUAUGUUGUGCAAAAUGUGGAUGUGACAUCCGUUCCUACCACCGUUCCUAACAACAGCAACACCGAUGAGCAAUUAAAUAAUAAUUUGGAGAAAGUGAGCAACCUUUCAAUUGAAUCGUAGAAUUCGUUGCUCAAAAACUUUUUUUUUUAAUUUUUACAAAUCAAUUGUUUGUACCUCAACGCGCUGCCCCUUAUUGCCGAUGCUCCGAUAUAUUGUAAUACCUUACGCACACACCUGUUCUUAUGCCACACAAAACGUCUCAAUCAAUAGACCAAGUAAUUCUUCUUGCUGAAGGUUAUCGGUCGUCUUGAAUAGUUAGGAUUUCGAAUGAACCAUUUUCGGUUGAAUGUUUUGUUUGUCUAAAUGAGGGCGCAGAAUGUCUUCACGAUUAUUGAAAGGUUAAAACAAAACUUUGCUUUUAGUUUGUUCAUUUAUUGAUUCAUUCAUUCGAAUCGUAAGCUCUAGCAUUUUGUAGAGUCUACAAGAAAAUCGGAGACCGUGUUGGAGCGUGGUGUACUCGUUAAUAAAAUUGAAGUUAGGGAUGAGAAAAUUGGAAAUAUUUUUUAUUUUGUAAAGAAGUGUAAUUUGUAGCCGCUGUAGAUUGUAAGUUAUAAAAAAAUGAAACCACCGUAAGACUGAUUUAAUGAAAAUAAAUGCUUUUAUGAAUUAUUUAUGUAAAGAAAUUGGAAGGAAAAAUGAUUACAAUUAACAGAUACGCAAAAUUGAUUGAUUGAAUUAUUGUAAAUAAAAUGAACUUAUGAAAUAAAAAAUUAAAUUUAGUGAA